AGCCACGGGAGUUCAACAGGCCAACCAUUCGCCUUCAGUACAGUGAGUAAAAAACCCCGACGCGUUCUCUUGUUCUUCGUUUUGAAGAGCAUAAAGCGGGAGAGCAGACACGAUCCACCGAAAUCGAUGCCAACACCCGGCUGACUGUUCAAGCAGGUCGGUGAGUUGGAUCUGGCCUGUUGGACCGAUCCGUACGCGGAUUUUCCAUCUCCUGUUCCUGCUCACUAUCGCGCGCGUAGCAUUCGGUCGCCAAACGUAACGCGGGUGUGUGUGUUGUCUGCAGCCGAUCGAUCACAAAAUGGACGUUUGUGGACAUGUGUGGUACGAGUGAGUAGGGCCACUGUAAACCGCAUUGUUUUGUACAGUUUUGUAAAAUAUUGAAUAGAAAAGUGAAUAAUAACAGUGACAUCAGGAGUGUGUGAUCGUUUUUUUUUAUGUGAAGCAAUGUGAUCGAAUGGAAAUGGAUUUAAAAUUAGCUACCACUGUAAACAUGGUACCACGGGCUCUUCAAGACCAGUGAUUACAACAGGUGAUAAAAAAUGUUUAUACUAGCUUAAGUUCGAGCUUCGAUGGUGUGAAUGGUGUGGCAGCUUGGCUUAUAUAAGCCUGUGAUUUUCGGUGGUGUUCCGGUGAUAUUCCGGCGACGACGAAAAGAAUUCGGAGCGAUCGGCUACAACUCAACUGAAAAGACAACGUCCACACGCUACAAGACUACAAAGACAAAUAGGCUCCACCAUGUAUAAGGUUGAUGAAAACUAUCCAAUAAAAGACCUCGCGCCGGCCUUCGCCUUCCGGGAGGUGCAGCUGAAGCUGGACGUCGACCCGAAACAGCAGUUCGAGAUACUGCCCGAGCUGGGGCGCGGCACCUUCGGCACGGUGUUUCACUGCCGGGAAAAAGGUACCGGGUUGGAGCUGGCGGCCAAAAUUGUACCGUACAAGAAGAAGAAGGACCGCGGUGACAUGGUGCGGGAGAUCGACAUCAUGAGCUGCCUGCACCAUCCGCGGCUGAUCCAGCUGUACGAUGCGUUCGACUACGAGAACAAAUUCUACGUCAUCCUCGAGCUCAUUCAAGGUGGCGAGCUGUUCGAGCGCGUCAUUGACGACGAUUUCGUGCUGACGGAGAAAGCGUGCGCCGUCUUCAUGCGGCAGAUCUGCGAGGGCAUGGAGUACAUUCACAGCCGGAGCAUCAUCCACCUAGACAUGAAGCCAGAAAACAUUCUUUGCCUCACAAAGACGGGCAACCGGAUCAAGAUCAUCGACUUCGGGUUCGCGCGCCGGUACGAUCCGGGCAAGAAGCUGCAGGUGAUGUUCGGCACGGCCGAGUUCGCUGCACCGGAGGUGCUCAACUUCGACGAGAUCUACUUCUACACCGACAUGUGGAGCCUGGGCGUGAUCUGUUACGUACUACUGUCCGGCCUGUCCCCGUUCGUCGGUGGCGACGAUCAGACCACGAUGAACAAUGUCCUCCAGGGUACGUACACGUUCGACUACAAAUCGUUCGACGCGGUGUCGGACAGUGCGAAGGACUUCGUCCGCAAGCUGCUGGUGCGGGACGGCGAGAAGCGGCUGACGGCGCGGAAAGCGCUGCGGCAUCCGUGGCUCGCGGAAACCACCGCCCAAAGUACCACCGAGCUAUCUGUGACAAAAACAAAGUUGAAACGCUAUGUUAUCAAGAAGCGCUGGAUCAAGGCGGUCAAUACGAUCAUUGCCCUGCGGCGAAUGGGCGCGCGGAUCGAUUACGAUCUCGUUUAGCUUCGGGGGAGGGAUGGGGGAGAGACGCUCUUCCUUCUUUUGUCUGCAUCUUGUUACAGGGGUUCGCAAAACUCAGCCAUCGGAAGUGUCCGGAUACCGGAUCGUGCAAUCAAAACAAUAAAUGCUGUAAAAGGGACCACACACACACGCCAAGCGUUUCACGGAAUGCGGGAAGACAUCCUGAGGGGUGGGGCGGGAAAGCGGAGGAGCAGAGGAGGAAAAAAUGGUGGAAGGAAUGCAGCUACUUAAAACACACACACACAGACACUCAAAUGCACCAGCUCCCCCAUUUGUAGAUUAUAGCACCCACCUACUUAUCGCCAUGACCUCUCUCAACUGUUCUCAACUGCCCCCCCCCCCCCCAACACGCACACACACACACACACCCAACCACACCGGAACAAAAAACCGGUUCCGAUGUUUCCGAUCGUGCUGAUGAUGAGGUGUUGCAUAAUUCAAUGGUUCUCCUGGCGCCCCACCCACCACAGCCACCGCAACUCGCGCAUCAAGAGGAGACAGGGACAAGGGAGGCCCGACAAGGCGGUUCUACGAACCGAAUCGAAUCGAAUAGGUUGUAAUGUUACUUGUUAUAUGCUAGCAAAUAAAAUUAAGAUUACCGGAUACCAAACACCAA